GCUUUUUGCAAUGUAAACAGUUAAAAAUUACAAGAAUAGUUGAAAUUUUCAAAUCUUAUCGCUCAUAGUUUCUGUAUUUAUUUUUCAAAGAUACCAACAAAAAAUGGACAAAUGUAAUAUCAUUGAUUUGUGUGAUGUAAAAUCAGAGAAAUCCGUAGACACAUCCACCACCAUUCCCUUAGAUGAAAAUGCAAACACAACAUCGAACAUGUUUGAAGACGAAAGUUUUGCCAAACAAGAUUUGACCGAACAGUGGAUUCGCGAGCAGAAUGCCACUAUUCUUUCCUUUAAUGACAAUCUGAAGCAUGAAGGUCAAUCCAUCAACAUAAAAACAUGCGGCAGUUCUAAUCUAAUGGAUAUUGCUGUUAUGAUUCCAACCGAAAUAACUGAACUGGUGAACAAGGAAUGUGCCAUAAAGCUCAUAAACUAUUUGGUCAUCUACGCAAUUAAUAAGGUUACCGAAGCUGACCUGCACAGGAAGCUUCUUUCAGUUACUCCGGAUAUCGACCCACAGAUAAACUAUCGUAGCAACAUUGGAUUCCAGUGCGUUUAUGAGCGAUGUGUAGUGUUGUUUUAUGAGGCAUUGCUGGAUUUGACCGAGAUAUUGCAACAAUUUGAAUCAUCGCUUCAGAAUAUUGUCGUUUUGUGGAUGUACAACACGGUCGAAAACAUUUGUAAGGCGCACGCCAUCGACGGCACUUUCUUGCGCAAUGACAAAUACAUCGAAGCCUUGCUGAGAGACUUCAUGGCCAGUCAGAAGGAUGUACCAGAGCAGGGAAACAUCUUUUUCAAUAUUUACCAAAAAUUGCAACCAACUAUGGUUGCAGCGCCCUCCGUUCAAAACCAAGUGCCAACUGCCGCAGGAGCUUCAACGAAGAAACCCAGGAAACCACGCACUAAAAAGCUUGGGAAGAUCACUGUGACAAGUACUUAGAGUUACCUGCCAGCAUUAUUGCCAACGGCAAUAGAUUAAAGAAGUUGUCUUUUUCGAAAGACCACCCGCAUUGAGCCCCAACAAGGGACAUAUAAUAGUGCUCAACAACGAAAUAUGGGUAAUCCAAAUUCAUACAAAGGAGGGAGAAAGAACUGAUAAUUUGUCUUACCAUAAUUU